AAUAUUUUUCACCGAAAAUAUCAUUUAUUAUAGAUGAUUAUGAUAUGUCCCAUUUUGUUCUCGUUAAUAUUCUUUGACAUUCUUGUUCGUUUUCAAAAGAAGACGUGGAUUAUGAUGUUGUAUUGGUAUUUUUUCUGCAUGUUUCUGAUGGCUUUAACGCCUGUAAUCGCCGCUGAAAAACCAAAAGGCAUUAUCAGAGACAAAGAUGAUUUCUCUCUCGCCAACUUUGUCAAGCAUGAACUUUCACGUCUUAACGUCAAUGUUCUAGAGCGCAGUAUGGUAGAGCAUCCCAUGGAAUGCUGGUUCAAGUGUAUGGAUCUUCUCUCUUGCUUCUCUAUCAACACUGCCUCCAGCCCAGACUCGAGCUCCAGGUACUGGUGUGAGUUGCUGGCCACCGAUAAGUACAACGCCUCGGAUAAGUUUGACGACAACGACACCCUAUCACAUCACUUCAGCAUCGCGCAUCCCUGUCAGGUGGCCACCCAAUGUCUCAACGGCGGCAAAUGCAGGGCUAACUACCACGAUAAUACAGCAAGCUGCGUUUGUCUUCAAGGAUACAGCGGAAAUAAUUGCCAAAAAGUUGCUAUUGGUCUGUACAAUCGAUCAAUAAUAUUGGACAGUCAGUUCAGUGCAAGCUCUUUCAGAGACCCAUACGGUUGGCCUAAGGAAGGGCGAUUGUACAACCGAUACGUACAACAUGAAACCUUCGGAUGUUGGCGCCCUCUGUACUUUCAAGCUGGCGAGUAUCUACAGGUGGAUUUGCUGAGUGUCAAAACAAUCACCGGAGUAGCCACACAGGGCUAUCCUUACACUGAUUUUUGGGUGACGCGUUAUGGAAUUACCUACAACAUAGACGGCCUCACCUGGAACAUCUAUCCACACGAAUUUACUGGUAAUUCUGACAAGGACACAGUAGUGUCGCAUGAUCUUCCAAUUAUCAUAGAAGCAAGACUUAUUCGCUUUGUGGUGAAGGCGUGGUAUGAGGCAAUCUUUUUGAGAGCAGAGCUGUACGCAGGAUGAGAAUUGGAAUUGACUCUGUAGCAGCCUGCUCAAACAUAGUGUAGUCACAGUGGUAGUGAAAGUCAUAGUUGCAAUCAUAGUAGUAGUGGUAGUCACAGUGGUAGUGGUAGUCAUAGUGGUAGUGGUAGUCAUAGUGGUAGUCAUAGUGGUAGUAGUAGUCAUAGUGGUAGUGGUAGUCAUAGUGGUAGUAGUAGUCAUAGUGGUAGUGGUAGUCAUAGUGGUAGUCAUAGUGGUAGUGGUAGUCAUAGUGGUAGUCACAGUGGUAGUGGUAGUCAUAGUGGUAGUCAUACUAGUAGAUUAUACCUAGUUAUAACUCUAAUUAUAAUCUAGCUCUAGUGAAAUUCUGGUAUAGCCAGGUUUGGUAUUAAGAAAGCAAGUGCAAAAAUGAUUGGAAUGUUGUCAAUCAUUGUGGUCACGCAUGAAGUUUGCCAUGCGCACUUAGCACAGCAAGCAUGUAGUGAGUUACCUCCGAAGUCAAUAAUAAUCAUUACGUAGGUCACAGCAAGUCCAAGGGUAACUCACUGGCACGCCCACGUUGGAAGGUCGCCCUUUGAACACCCAUUGGCUGAAAACUUUAUCCAAACGAAACUAACCCCUUUUUGGGGUGUCAGUGAAGGUCUCUCGUUUGGGCUUGCCGUCAUUAGAGAGCAUACAAAAGGGGUGCGGUACGGGGUGCUGAAAGGGCUUAAGUCAAUGCAAUGUAUAUACAUGCCAACCCCAAUUGUUUUUUUCAUACAGGAGAAAUUUUUGAAACGCUAAAAAGCUGGAGAUUUGGUGCUCCAUGCGAGAGAAGAGGUCUAAAAUCUCGAGAGGUGACAGUAAUGAAUGAAGGACACAUAUGAAAUAAAUGUGAUUUUCUUUUAAUAGUAGCACGAGCACUCAAACGGGCAUUUUUUAUAUAUAGGUAUUACUUAUUAUAUAGUUAUAAUAAAUUAAUAUACAGACCCGUACACAGGGGGGUGCAGGGAGUGCGAACGCACCCCCCCAGACAACGGCCGACUUUCGUUUUUCAAUAGACGUGCUAUUUGAAUACAAAACUAUAAAACGAAAGCUAGAUCACUCUGGUAUUUAGUCAAAUCCGACAAUAGACAUCCCAUGGAUUUAAAAGCAUAAAAAAAUCCCUUUUUGUUUUCGCGGAUGGUCAGAUUUUUAUCAGAGAACUCCCUCCACUCCCCCCCCCCCCCACCUCGAAAAAAUAAGGUCCACUUCUUCGGAUUUCACACCCCCAAAGAAAGAUCCUGGGUAAAACUGCUAAUUUCUUGUCGUACACAGAAGAAAUGUAUUUUGUAGAUACAUGUUUUGCCUUUUGAAGUGUAGCUGAGUUUUUAGAGAAACUCACAGUUUAUCUAACAUCCUUGAAUAUUAACACGGAAUCAGACUCUUAGAAAAUGCCCAUCUUACCACUAGAAAUUAAUUAUUUGAAAAAAAAAUACUGUAUAAGCAAUUAAUUCUUAA